AUGGUCUACAUUCUGGCUCGCGUCCCCAUUCGCGACUCAGACCGCUUCCACUUGGACGUCCUCGACACCACUCACCAGUUCCUAAAAACCGUGAAGGAUCCCAUCAACAGCCGCGUCAUACAGCACGAACUCUCAAAAAUCGAUGAACUUUGGGACGAGGACGAGCCUAUUCCAGUCAACGAAGAUGAUCGCCGCGCAGUCUCCCCGUGUCCCUUCAUCGCGUCGAUUUUUGUGCAUACCUGGAAUUACUCGCUGGAUGUGCCAGAGGGAGAGGCCCCGAAGAUCAACCCUAUUGCUAUGACUGUGGAGAAUGCUCUGUUCAAUCCGAACGUGUCGCCCGUAUCGCCUACCAGGGGUAGAAUUUUCUCUAUCACUCGGCUUUUCGUGUGUAUCUUCGCUGACUCAUUCACCCUCGCAUUCUACCAGAGAAAUGACUAUGGCGUCACAAUCCUCGACAUCAGCGAUCCCCUAUCUCCACAGUACUGCUACGUCAGUAUCAAAGGCCUCAAGGAUGCAAAGUCCAACGUUCCCGCGAUGGCCCCUCUGAGCGCCGAGCAAUAUGCGCGGGCGUACUGCCCUUCAGUGGCCAGAAAGAAUACGAAGCACUCCAUGGAACGCGGGGCAAUCGCAGAAGUAGACGUGCGAGAAGCGAUCGCUCUUCUUGCUGAUGAGAGGGUCAUGAAGGAUCUUCCAGAUGCCUGGUCGUCGGAAUCCAAGGUCGGCUCGUCUGGCGUGUCGAAGGGCAAGAAGAGGAAGGCCAAGGCGGAAAGUCGAACAAACGCAUCAGGCAGAGCUUCUGCGGCACUUGCUACCACGUCCGAGGACCCUAUCGUCACCGACUCGGAGAACGAGACCAUGGUGUUCCUCAAGAGAUUCAUGGUCGUUGGCGCUGAUCUGACUGACCUGGACAAAAGGUUGGAGAAGGCCGAACACAUCGCUCUCAUACGAUCGGAGCUCGUCGAGCUCUUUCCCUUUCCUUCGUCUGCCGUCCUUCCCUUGGUCCGGGUCCUUGCAGCCACUGCGAACUUCGAACCACUGGACGUUAAAGAACUCGACCUUUCUCAUCUGUCAGUUAGCUCAAGUCAGAUCUUCCAGGUUCUUGACGCAUUCUCCAACACCCAGUCGCUCAAUCUCUCGCACAACAAGGUCAUCGAUGCCCGCGCCAUCCAGAUUAUGCUUGUCUCCACACCAUCCCUUCGUCGCCUCAUCCUUCUCGACUGCCUCUCCCUCACCAAUCCGGAUCUCUCGUCUCUCCUUGUCAAUCAAUCCCACCUAUUCGUCAACCUCUCCGCCAUCAUUCACCCUCUUUUCCUCAGUCUCCCCGCUACCUUCCCUCUGCCUCGAACACACUCCUUUUCGAUCGCUGCCAGUGGUGUCAUGGACAAGGAACCGUACAGUAUUUCCGUACCUUUCUGCUCCGCUCCCACCGUCGUUCGUGCCAUCACGGACCUCGUCUCCCCCUAUCUCACCGCCGAAAAUCCCGAAGCUUGCCUUUACUGCAGUCCGCUGCAGAAAGGUCCACUUAGUGCGAUUUUGAGUCGUGCUGGCGGUAUCCCUAUCCCUUGUGAUGACGAAGAAGAGGCGAUUUGGGACGAUAGGAGUACCGUGAUCCUGCCGAAGGUCAAUGGCCACGUCGUGAAGGAAGGCGCCAUGUUCAUCAUGAGCAUGUACAUAUCCUUUCCCGAGCCUAGCUUUAUCCCAAAAUCGGGCUACGCCUUCCUGGACUUUACAUCCGAGACGUCCAACUAUCCCAAACCAGGUACUACCGCCAGGCCCACGAACAGAGCGCCAGCCCUCCCUUUCGAUCUAUUCGGCUCCCGCUUAGGGGCAGGAUUCUCUUCCUCCUCUUCAUCUUCGACUUCAUCGGCAUCGGUGUACAACGUCCUCGAUUUGCGUUCCUUCCUCGAGAGGAUGUAUGAAAGGGAUCCGGGGAGGGAGCGCGCGGAUGAGGAGAGUGUGGCGAGGUUGGAGGAUAUGUUAGAGGAGUUGGAGGCGAGGUACGAUGAUGGGAAGGGAGCAAUGUUCACAAGCGAGGAGGUGGCGAAGUUUUUCCAUGACUGAGAUGGGGUCAAGUUCCUAGGAUUAUGGACCCGUCG